ACGUUGCUGCUCAGUGUAGAGUGGAGUCUAGAUUCGCGCGCAACUCAGUGUGCAAGAAGUAAAAGAAGACACAGAUCACCGGUGGUGUGAUGUCAUCUCUGGAUUAUCACUGUGAAUGCCAUGUCCGACAUAAAAAUGUGCCGAUCACAUCUCUGAAGUCACUGCGCGCGCUUUGACGUCUGCCAUAAGACAAGCAUUAUGCACUUGUGGAACGCGAUGGAAACCGAAGGAACUCAUGGCACCUUUUAAAUGGUUUACUGAUGUAAGACACCGGUGCGUCUUUUAGGCUGACCACAUUCAGGCGCGGAGCAGAAAGGAUGCGCGCAAUAUGGACUUAAGCGGACUCAACGGCACGGAAGAGCCCAACGGGACUGCAACUGCGGCUUGGCCACACACAGAGGCCACGGCGGCCUUUAUUAUCCUCGUGGUGACGCUUCUCAUCCUGGUUACCAUUGUUGGGAACGCGCUGGUCAUCGUAGCCGUGCUAACGAGCCAUGCGUUGCGCGCACCCCAAAACCUCUUUCUGGUGUCUCUGGCCUCGGCGGACAUCCUGGUGGCAGCUCUUGUCAUCCCCUUCUCGCUCGCCAACGAGCUAAUGGGGUACUGGCGCUUCGGGAGCGCGUGGUGCGCGCUCUACCUGGCGCUGGACGUGCUUUUCUGCACGUCCUCCAUUGUGCACCUGUGCGCAAUCAGCCUAGACCGCUACUGGUCGGUAACCGAAGCAGUUAGCUAUAACGCGAAGCGCACGCCAGCACGUGUCAAAUCCACAAUCGCGGUGGUAUGGGCAAUCUCCGCGGUCAUCUCCUUUCCGCCGCUGGUCAUGACCGAGCACAACGAACGGGUAUGCAUCAUUAACGAGGAGCCGUGGUACAUCCUGUCGUCAGCGAUCGUGUCCUUCUUUGCGCCCGCAAUCAUCAUGAUCGCCGUCUACCGCAAGAUCUACCGAGUGGCCAAGCAGCGCGCGUCAGCCGUCUUCGCAGCUAAAAACGGUGGCCCACGGCCGCGCAACUCACCGUCCGACACGUGCCUUGCGCGCGAUGCCAAACCUGAAGCGGAGAGCCCGAGCAGCCUGAGCUCCGGGAGCAAGGAGGGACGGAGAAGAAACGACGACGACGACGACGACGACGAAGAGGAGCUGGAUGACAUCGAUCUGGAGGAGAGCUGCGCUUGGGACGGUCAGCCCAAAAAAAGUGGCAGCGCGCGCUUCGCCAAGCGCAGGAAAGUGGAAGGUCGGACGGAGCGGACCUGCUGCCGCACAACGCCGUGGGCUUCCAAACAACCCCGCACUGUGCCGCGCGUCUCCAGGCCGCUGAAUGCCGUGAGACCGAGCGCACGGAAAACAAGAGUGGCGCAACUGCGCGAGAGGCGCUUCACCUUCGUUCUCGCAGUGGUGAUGGGAGUGUUCGUGCUUUGCUGGUUCCCGUUUUUCUUCACUUACAGCCUGCAGGCGGUGUGCGGGGAACGGUGCCGCGCGCCAGAGGGCCUGUUCAAGCUCUUCUUCUGGAUCGGUUACUGUAACAGCUCCGUUAACCCCAUUAUUUAUACAAUAUUUAACCGUGACUUCCGGAAGGCGUUUAAGAAAAUCAUGUGCGCUUCUGCAACUCAGCGGGUCUGAUCAGGAUUGUUCUGGGAACUUUGGACUUCAUGGACAAGUUUAUUUAAAAGGGGGUUGCCAGAUGUUUCUGCUUUAUUCUUCAUCACGGUUUAAAACAAUAUAUGGGACCAAAAUAUAAUUUUGCCAAAUGAGUGCCAAACUUUGAUGACAUUUCAAGGUUCACCACCACCACCACCACCACCACCACCACAACAACAACAACAACAACAACAACAACAACAACAACAAAAAUGUAAAUAAUAAUAAUAACAAUAAUCAUAAUAAUAAUAAUAUUAUUAUAAUAAUAUUAUGAUUAUUAUUAUUAUUUUUAUUAUUAUUAUAAGCUAAUUUUGCCUCCACAGCACAAUACGCUCUUAAGUUGAGAACUAAACCAGUGUCCUUGUAAGUCUGGCAUCACUAUUUCACAGACAUUAUUUUUGUUUACAUUAUGUUUGUACAUAGCCUUUUUGAAGUGGUUAUAAUGUAAAAAAAAGACAACGUUUUAAAAUAAGCUAUAAAUGUGUUACAUGUGUCCUUGUUUGUCUUGGUAAUGACGUGUGUAAAACAAAAUAUUCCACUGUUCGAAAUCAUGAAUCAGCAAAUUGUCCUAUAAAUCAUUCAUCUGCAGAUUCUUUCUGUGCUACAAAAAUAAUUAUUUUCAUUUUAAAAAUAAAGUCACUUUGCCUUAAAUAAAAAAACACAAAAAUAAUAAUAAAAAAAAACAUUAUUAUGGACA